AUGGCCAGCAAGGAACCCGUGAACUCACUCCCGAAGCUUCAAGAAUCAUCCCCUGAAGACAGAUCAAAAGAUUCAAAAAAAUUAACUGAAGCAGCCCUGAAGGAUAUAGAAGAACAGUUACAGAAAGAAAAAGUCCAGCAUGAAAAAGCAGUGAAGGAAUGGCAGAAUACUGUGAAAAUUCCUUCUGAGGGCUUAAAGGAGCCCAAAGAGACUUUGAGGGAAGUGAUAGAGAAGAAGCUCCCUCAAGAGGCACAUUCAGAAAAGCCAGUGACCAGAAGUGAGAAUCUCUCUGACCAUGAAAUCUUAACAUGGGCAUCGGGAGGUCUGGCUCUGCAGGGCAUUUACCAGACUACAGACAUCACAGACCUGCUGGAAUUGGCUGACUUUAUUAGCAUCCUUCAGCAAAUGAAGACCAGCAUCAAGGAUGAAGUCCACAAUCCUGCAGUUUCUGUUUCUGCUUCUGCUGCAGUAGAAGAGGGCAAAGUGAAAAUUUUCCCAGAUCUGAGCCUGGCUUUCAACUCCUUACUGAAGGCCCUGAGAGAGAGUUCCCAGGAAAAUCUAGAGCUGUUGCUGCUAUCAAUUGCACACAGUGCAGGAUACCAUGUAGAAAAUAAUAUGUUCCAGUGCCACCUUGGCUCUCCAGAAAUUGACUUCAUGUUAAUGGAAAUGCAAGAAGCACAUCAGAAAUAUCUGGCUCUUUGUGAGAAGGAUGCUUAUAGAGCUCAGGCUUACUUAAUUCAGAUGGGUAUGAGAAUAUCAGUUGAUCAUAAAGAUGUGCCUCCAGAUGAGAAGAACAAACGCUUGGCUUUUAUGAUUGACCGCAUGAAAAACUCUUUGACAAAUGAAACUGCUGCUGUCCUCAGAAAACAUAAUACCUGCAAUAACUGGAACUUGUUGGAAAGAGAUUUGGAUUACCUUAUUGAUGGGAAUUAUGAAGCUACAAAUUAUGAUCAACAAAAAGAGAAUGUCUUAAGAGAACUAACGAGUAUAUUCCAGGAAAGCAACCAGUCAGGGAAUUCAGAGUGCAAAGAUGUGAAUUCCAACCAGGACAACAUUAGGAAAAAUAAGCUAAAUAAUGAGUUUUUUAAUUUGAUGACGAGACUUCAGCUGGAACAGCAUUAUCCGAAUAAAAUGAAAAUGUCAGACUUCCAUCUCAUUCAGAAAACAUCUUUAUUUGACAACCACCCUAGUACUGACCAAGAACUGCCGUGUUAUUUGUUGGAAAAGAUACUAAUGCUGGACUACAGGGCAAGAUAUGUGGCUUACAAAGAUGACACUAGUCUUCAGCAAGGUGAAACCAACAUAUCAGAUGCAAGUGAACACUUAGAUGAUUUAGAUUACAUUUUUGAGGAUGCUAGUGAGGGAUGUCCUGAAGUUAUUCUAAGCAUUCAGAAGUCCAUCCACCCAAUGGAUGUCCAGAUGGCCAUUUUCUACUGCGCAGAUGAUUUUAUGAGACAGUACAUUGCAACGAAGCUCUCGUUCUGCCAGUUUGCCCUCCCCCUUUUGGUGCCCAUUCCUUGUACUUCACAAAUAGAGUUACCUCUUUGGUCCUUCUGCCUGGUCCGUAAGCAAUGGCAAGAGAAGGGAAGCAAAUGUGCAGAGAAAUUGAUUUAUCAGGUAGCUACACCUGUGGUGUCGUUCAUCAGGUUUAGCACAUCUUCAUCUUCGAAAUCCCAGCUAUUGAACAAUCUGUUGAGUAAACAAAAGCAUAGUGUCUUUUUCCAUCGUCACUGUAAAGGGAGCAACAUAAAUUGUCUCUUGAUGAAAGGAGUAGUGGAAAUUGCCUGGUACUGUCCAGGGGGGAAGGAAAAUGACAUGUUUGACACUUGCAUUGCAUUCACUAAUCUUCAUGGAGACUCAAAGGAACAUAAGCAGCAGGUUGAUUUUUUGCAGGAGAUAGCCUCUGUCACUGUGAUUCUCUUGUCAGAAAAUGAUUGGCAUGGAGAUAGCAAAACUUUUCUGAGAGAACUCCUCAGGUCUCCCAAACCUUUCAUUUUCCUUUGCACUGACAAAGAACAAAUUGUAACUAACAGGCACACAAGGCGAGUAAAAAUAGCUGGCAAAAAUCGUAAUGAGGCAGCAUUAAUUGAGGAACUGGCACAAGAAAUUAAGUCUGCUCUGACCAUUUCAAACAGCUGUCACAGCCUUGAGACGUGUGCAGUUGUUGCUCGAAAGCAUGGCUUUUUGGUAGACGAGGACAAAAAGGAGUGUAAAACAGGCAAAGCCAUGGCAGAAAAUACAGUAAAUCUUCUGAAAGAUGAACAUACCCUGAGGGGAAAAAGCAUACUGCUGCCUCUGCAGGGAACAUUAUGGCACAUGUGGUGUGAGAAAGACAGAGAACAAAACCAUUUGCAGGACCAUGAGAACAUGGGGCUUGAGCAGCAAAUAAGCCAAAUAAAUUCUGCAAAGCAAAGAAUAAAGCAAGAUCAGUUAAACCAGGCUUUCCCCUUUAGUGACCUAAUGAAGUCACUCCUUACACAUCUGCACUCUUCCUCACAUAAUACCAAAAUGUACUUUCUGCAGUGGCUUAAAAUCUUUAUAGCUAACCUGUCCUCAGAUCACCUAGCAGAACUUCAAGAAAAGUACCAUGAUUUAUGGACACAGAGGCUGAAAGGAGAACACAGUGACUUGCAUUCUAAACUAGAAGAAUUAUCAAAGGAAAUAAGCGAGUCCACUUUUGGCUUAGAGCAUCUUCUGAGAGAGGUCGCUCAGCUUUAUGAAGUUUUGGAUAUGUUGCCUCAACAGAAUCAAGUUGUCCAUUUCCUGCCACAGAUAGCUGCUGAUCUGGUUGUUUCAGGGUAUCCCAUGGAGCUGAUGGAUGGUGAUGCAUCGCAUGUGCCGAUAAAAUGGAUUAGUGCUAUUUUUGACACAUUAGCUGAGAAGUUGGGGGACAAAAAAGUGUUUGUUCUUUGUGUCCUUGGAAGCCAGAGCACAGGAAAGUCAACCCUCCUGAAUACCAUGUUUGGUCUUCAGUUCAGUGUCAGUCCAGGGAGAUGCACUAAAGGUGCUUUUAUGCAACUAGUGAAAGUGGCUGAUGAGCUCAGGCCAAAUCUGAACUUUGAUUAUUUGCUUGUUGUUGAUACAGAAGGACUUCGGGCUACAAAAGUAGAAAACAGAACAAUACUUAAUCAUGAUAAUGAGCUAGCCACUUUUGUCAUUGGCCUUGGCAACAUGACAGUAAUCAAUACUUUUGGAGAGAACCCUUCAGAAAUACAAGAUGUGCUUCAGAUAGCUGUGCAGGCAUUUCUGAGGAUGAAAAAAGUAAACCUCUCCCCAAGCUGUUUGUUUGUGCACCAAAAUGCUGGGGAAAUAACCACAGAAGAAAAAAACAGGGAAAGCCGAAGAUGCCUCCAGCAAAGCCUGGAUGAAAUGACGGUCACAGCUGCUCAGCAAGAAUCCUGUGAUGUUAGCUGCUUUAGUGAAGUGAUCCAGUUUGACGUAAACUCUCAUGUUUACUACUUUCCUCAUCUCUGGGAGGGAGAGCCACCCAUGGCCCCGCCAAAUCCCAGUUACAGCCUAAAGGUACAGGAGCUAAAAAGCAGAAUUCUCCUGGAUGGAGAGAAAAAAUCACAACAGGGCCUUCUGAAGUUCUCUGAAUUAAAAACACACAUUCAGAACCUGUGGCAGGCUUUGCUGAAUGAAACUUUUGUUUUCAGCUUUAGAAAUACCCUGGAGAUUGCUGCCUACAGUAGGCUAGAGAACAAAUAUAGCAAAUGGACCUGGCAAUUGAGGAGCUUUAUGCUUGAUUAUGGCCACAAGCUGAACAUCCAGAUCCAAAAUGGAAAGGUCCAUGACAUAGACAAAUCAUCCCUGAAAGAGAGCAUUAAGAACACGUAUGAAGAUGUUAAAGUGGAUUUGGAAAAGCAUUUUAAAGAAGACAAAUACAGCAAUCAAAUUAUUCAGUGGAAAGGGAAUAUUAAAAUUAAGUUAGACUUUUUAAUGGAAGAUCUCAUUAAUAAAACUUUUCAAAAUUGUGAAAAGCUUAUUAAUCUGAAGAAGCGUCAGAGGAGAUAUGAACAAAGGAAAUCUGUGUACACAGAUGAGUUGUUGAAAAAAAGCAAAGAAGUAGCUCAACACUGCCGAGACCGUGAGCUGAAUGAAAGUGAACUGAGAGGGUAUUUUAAUGGAAUGUGGAAAGAAUGGAUUGCAGAAUUAUCUCUACCUGCAUCUCACAUAAAGACAUUAAAUAUUAGGACUGACAUGGAACACUUCCUUUGUGAACACUUCAGAAAUUAUGUAAAAGUAUCAAGGCAUUCAUUUUUCAACAAAAUGAGAUACCUCCUGAAGAACUUUGUGAGUUGA